UUUUCUGCACUCUUUCCUAGAUCCAGUUUCAUUUUUACAAUCCAGCGAUGCCACUAGAUCAAACUGGGCCAGCGCCGAUUCGCAAGCUCGAUACGACUGUCAUUAACCGUAUCGCUGCCGGAGAGAUCAUCAACAGGCCGUCAAAUGCGCUAAAGGAGCUCAUUGAGAACUCUCUUGAUGCUGGCGCCACUAGCAUAUCGGUUAACGUCAAGGACGGCGGACUCAAAGUCCUGCAGAUCCAGGACAACGGACAUGGCAUCCGCACCGAGGAUCUGCCGCUGGUAUGCGAGCGCUUCACGACCAGCAAGCUGCGCGUGUAUGAAGACCUGCAGAGUAUCCAUACCUACGGGUUUCGGGGCGAGGCGCUUGCUAGCAUCAGCCAUGUGUCGCACCUGAGCAUCGUGACGAAGCAGGCGGGCACCGACUGUGCGUACCGCGCACAUUACAUUGAUGGCAAGCUCGCCCCACCAAAGCCUGGCGCCAGUGCCGACCCUGAGCCCUGUGCAGGAAAUCCUGGAACAAUGCUUACUGCGGAGGAUCUGUUUUACAACAUCCCGUCGCGCCUGAAAGCGUUGAAGAACACGCGCGAGGAGUACAACAGGAUCUACGAGGUCGCCAGCCGCUAUGCAAUCCACAAUUCCGGUGUUGCGUUCACCUGCAGAAAGAUUGGUGCUCCGAAGGCUGAUCUGAAUACGCUACCUGGGGCAACAACAAUAAGUAAUAUUCCGCAUGGUCUUUGGACGAAACGGCCAGAGUUCUCAUUCAGAGGCUAUGUUUCCAGCGCCACCCAUGACAUGUCAAAGUCGGUCAUGCUUCUGUUCAUCAACCACCGGCUGGUCGACCAUACACCGAUAAAACGCGCGCUUGAUGCACUGUACUCGGGCGUGCUCCCCAAGUCGUCAAAGCCAUUCGUGUAUUUGGACCUGCAGAUCAAGCCGGAGCAUGUUGAUGUCAACGUGCACCCAGCCAAACGUGAGGUCCGAUUCCUGCACGAGGAUGAGAUCAUUGAGUCGUACGCCAUCCAAACGACUCUGGUCAAAGGCCCCAGUGGGGAGCUCGCACAUGAGGCGUCGAACGCCGAGGACAGGCCUGUCAGCGAACCAGCAACUACCCCUGUAAUCCCUAGAACCGCAGCAUCUACAUCAGCCAACGCCCUGCCGGUAGAUCCGCCAGCAAUCGGAAGCACACCGCGCAAAACACCAGUUAACCGUGCUGUGCGAACAAACUACAAGACCCUCUCACUCGACUCAUUCUCUUUUGGCAACUCGCCAACGAUUCGGCGCACGCCGGUGCAAACACGGAUCCAACCCGAUAUGUCUGUGUCGCCGAUCAGAUCACCACCACCCAAACGACGGGUGCUCGAGCCAUCGCCAACUCGUACCAACAGAAACAUCGAGACAAGUCUCUUGAGUAGACUUGAUCGCGAAAGCAGCUCUGCGUCAACUCCCACCAGUGCAAGGCCAGCCUCCGCCACAUCGCCAUCUCCGCAGAAAGGCGCACCUGCCAAGCAGCUCUCGACAGAGCAUCCGGAACCUGCCGAUGACCUUACAGACAAGUCAUACACUGCUGCCCAAAAGGACCCACGCGUUGAGGUCCGGCUGACAAGUAUUCUUGGGCUGCGCAGGGACCUGCAGCGGCAUAUGCACCCAGAACUGACCCGGAUCAUGAGCGAGCAUACCUUUGUUGGCUUCAUUGACGACCGGCGCGCCCUGAUCCAGUACAGCACACGGCUCUACAUGAUUGACUACUGCAGGGUCAGCUACCACCUCUUCUACCACCGCUGCCUCCCGCUCCGUCAAUCUAUGACCUUGGCUAUGGCUGCUGCCACAGAGCUCAAGCCUGAAGACCCCGAAAAGUGUGCACAGGAAGUCUUGGACAAGUUCAGGGACAGUCGCGAGAUGCUCGAGGAGUAUUUCCACAUCAAAAUCAGCGACAUUGGCACUAUCGAGACAUUGCCGAUGGUAGUCCCAGGACUAUGCACCCUGACUUUGAUAAACUGCCUCUGCAUUCUUCAAAUCGUUUAUCAACGUUCUGGCCACCAUGUUUGCGCUCGAGCCGCCUCUGCAGAGCGAUCCGCAAAGCGCCAAGGACGAGUACCGGAUGAUGGUAGAGCACCGCAUACUGGCAGCGCUGAAGGGCUCGUCAUUUUGGGCGCCUAAUGCAAUGCUGACCGAAUGCUGCAUUACCGAGCUGGCAGAUGUGCCUGACCUGUACAAGAUUUUCGAGCGCUGCUAGUGUCCGUUUAAUGCAUUGAAUGAAAUGUGUCGGUUGCGGCAUUUAUGCUGCUGCAUAGACAGCAUCCCAGCUCCUUUCUAGACCCUGGCUUGCACCUAUGCCUUGAA